AUGACACAGUCAGAACAAUCUUCAAAAUCGAAAGUGCCUUUGCAACCCUACAGUGGAGGCAAUCCCAGAUUUUUCCAUCCCAGCCAACACCGACUAGACCCAGUGACAAGUCGCAUGCUCUCAAGGCAUAAUGGUGAGGAUGCCAGUCGACUGCGCAAGAUCACAAAACCUCUCAUGGAGAAGAAGAGACGGGAGCGAAUCAACUUGGCUCUGGAGUCUUUGAAGCGUUUCGUCGCGGAGCCCAUUCUAAAGGAGGGGGCUCAAAAAUUGGAAAAGGCGGAUAUUCUGGAUCUUACCGUCAAAUACGUGCACUCCUGCGCUAACAGGAACCCCUCACCUUUGCCUCCUGAGACACCAUGGCUUAGUUUCCUGGCGGGUUACUCGGCGUGUGAGGCCAUCCUUCGUCACCUUCUCACUGCUACACCCACAACACUCCUCCAGCCUUAUCCUCUUCCUCCUCGCCAAACUGCAGCACUGUUGAUGGCCUUGGAUGCGAGAAAAGUGACUGCUGCAUCGGCAUAUCUAGAUACUCUGGGACAAGAAAGCGUUGUAGCUCCUCCUCCUCCUCCUCCACCACCACCGCUCUCCUUUAAUUCAGAUGCUCUUAAUCAACGAUCACAACAACAGCAUCAGCAACAGGAAAGGCCUCCGGUGUGGAGGCCAUGGUAG